AGUCAUGGGCCUCUAAGGUCGUCCAGCUUGUCUCCCUUAUACAGCGCCCCUGAACACAUGCACACUGACCCUGAAAGAGUCAGUCAGGACAUGUUAAAAAAAGCCAAAGAGGAUAUGUUACAUUUAUGUCAAAUACCAAGUAUUCAACGCUUGGUUUAGAUGGUGUGUCUGCCCCAAAGAAACAUUAAUAGUGUUAGAUAAAUCCUGCAGAGUUCUGUAAUCUGUAAUAAUCCCUCAUUUGCAUGUGUUGUCCCGUGGAUCUUUUCAAGCAGUUUAGAAAUAUUCAGAAAUAUUUCUUCUUAGAUCAGAUAUUCUUAUUUAAUACCAUAAUUGCAGUAUAAUGCAUUAAUGAGAAAGAUCUUUGAUAUCUUUGCUUAUUGGUCAGUUUCUGCUUUGUACUCCACUCAGUCUGCUGCCUUUUUGGUCACAGGUUAGAUUGUUUUUCCACUGAUUUGUCAGUUGUAGAGAAUUUGGUGGACUUGGCUCAACUGUGAUGUUUUUGUUUUUCCCUAUGAUCUGUGGAUGAUUUUACUUUACUUUAAUGUAAAUGAUUUAUUUACAUAUAUUUAGGCUGGAGGAUUUAGCAAAUUAAAAAUACUUCAAAGAAAAUUAGAGAAGUUAGAGCCAAAUAUGGCCGGAAAAACGCACCAAACACGUUACAUGUAAACCAAAAGUCAUCGCAAUUCUAGUAUAGGUUCACAGUGCAGCAGAGGAGAGAAACCUUGGCCACACCGUGUGAAAAUAAACCUUUACUGCCGAUCUUCAGUGACUAAAAUAGUUCGCUAUAGUGUUAACUUUUGGUUUAAAACCUUUAAAUCGACACUUGAAGCUGUUCUGGUAGAUGUACCGCAGCUUUGUCUUAUUUAUGUGCAGAAAUGGCGGAGAAACAAGUUUAAAUAUAUAAACAAUGAAUUAAUUGUGCGUCAUUUUCCUCUGCUUGGACUACAGUCUUGUGCGCACAAGAAAAUAACUUUGAGUUGUGUGCACUAGAUAAUAAGUUGCGUGGACGAGAUAAUCAGCUCUCUCACUCAAACAUUUUGUGCGCACAAGAAACAGUUUGUCUAGGAUUCCCGAGGCCUGGUCGAACUAUAAGAACCUGACUGGUUUGGAUCAGGUCGGACAGAUGUGAAACUAUCAUAGUGAUCAUGUGGGACUCACAGUUUUGCACUCAGUCUGUGGAUCCUUUUCCACAACCCCAGUGUUUGUGUUCACUGUCUGUCUUAUGGGCCUAAAGGUGACGCACAGUCACACCUCACGGUCCCUCUGCUGACAUCACCACCACCACCACCACCAUCAGCAGCAGCAGUAGUAGACACAGAUCUGAUGUUAUACCCCAACCCGCCUCUCAAACAUUACUCUCCACUUUCCUGCUCAUACAUCUUCCUGCUUUUGCAUAAACGGCCAAUUACCGUGUCAGUAAGCAGAUCUGAGGCCCGGUGCAUCCUCUCGUCUCUAUUCAUUUGAUUGUAACGCGCAAAUAUAAACAGGCCUAAUAGCAGCUCCGCUCGCGCUGCCCUCGUCCCCGCGCCGUUAUUGAUAUGGCUCUGAAUCCACACAAUUGAUUUUUAUGCUUCCCUCUAGCCACCUUGUGCAGUGGAGAGAUAUCUUUAUUCGCAGGGAAAGUGAAAUAAGUGCGUAAUAAAACGGUGAUAUAUUAAAUUCGUUUUUCCCCGUGUCGCGCUUUUAUUAUCAGCCAUUUUUCAUUUUUAUUGAAUUGAGACCAGGGCGAUCUGAGGCGUCGCUCCGGGCGGAGAGAGCAGGAAUAAUUUGUGCAAAUCAGCAACUCAGGGGCUCAGAUCAUGAGCUGACUAUUUAUUUGUUUAAUUAUCUAUCUAUCUAUCUAUCUAUCUAUCUAUCUAUCUAUCUAUCUAUCUAUCUAUCUAUCUAUCUAUCUAUCUAUCUAUCUAUCUAUCUAUCUAUCUAUCUAUCUAUCUAUCUAUCUAUCUAUCUAGUGUCAUUACUUGGGUUGUCGUGCGUCAGAGUGGGCCAAUCAGCGCCUUUGAAUCAGGCCUAAACUCUGCACGUUUCACGUCAAUAUCAGUGGAUUUAUAUCUUCAUUGCGCAACAGAUUAUUGCCCCAGCAGCUCGUGCACAAAUAAAUCUGAUCCAGUGUUUGUUGUCUCAUGCAGGGUGUUAAAAAAAGGGGGCGAUACCAUUCAGGCCAAAUUUCCAGACUGAUACGCAUCCGUGCGUAAUGCUCGUGGACCCAAAUGUAGGAGACGUGUGCUUUUAAGUGGCUAUAAGGUGGGGGGAUAAUUGCGAUAAGGUGAGCGUAAACACAAAAUUGCAGCCUUGAAGACAAAGUGCUGCAAACCUCCUGUCAGCUGAAGUAACAAAUCAUGAGCAACAGCAGGAGUGUUUUGAGGUGGAACAGAGAUCCCAAACAGAAUCUCACUGUAGAAAAGCCUCCAGUGGCCUAAAUGAACGAGCUCUGAGUAAAUGUUUAACCUUGUGAAAAUAUAUUUUCUACUCAGACUAUAAAAUGUUAAAAGUUGGAAAAAGAAGGGGACAAAAUUUUUGAAAAUUGCACUUGAUGUUGAAAUAAAUCUGAAAGCUUCUCAUCUAUUUUUGGACAAAAAAUGCCAAAUCUUUUCUUUUUAAAUUCAUGUUUUUUUUUUUUUAAAUUUCCCUUUUUUUUUUUAAUAAUUUUUAUUUAUCAUAGAGUAAAUGUCCUCUAUGAAUCAGAGUUUUUCACAUUUACUGGGAGGUAUUUUGUAGCACCAAGUGUUGAAUACAUUGUUUAAAAUACAGAGGAAUUAAAAUGGGACAAAGUCUCUCCUUAAAAUAGUAAAGAAAAAAAACUUAAUUUUGACUCUUCAUUAGACUGUUUUUUCUUCUUCUUUCAAGUGUCCUAUUUCAGUGAUUUCUCCUGUAUAGAUAGAUUAAAUGGGUCUUAAUAAUGUUGAUCAUGUGGACGCACAUUGACGCGAAACUGUUUGGAAACCUCUUGACCCGUUUUGUGCCUCCAGCGCCACUAAAAGGAACAAACUCUCCUGUUAAGCAGCAGAAAAAGCUGCACAAGAUAAAGCAAGCUGCGGCUUCUUUAAGACAUCCGAGCAAAACAACUGCCCUACAGAGGAAGAGGAGGAGGAGGAGGAGGGGAGAGAGAGGGAGGGAGGGAGGUUUGGCUGGAUGACCGAAUGGCAGCUUUUACGCAGAGGGUUGUCUCACCUGCUGAAACGCACUUCACCAUUCAGCACAACAGAGCCAUCUUUCGCUCUCAACUCCAAUUAAUCUCCACGCCUGCGAGGUCAGCGCUUCGUUUUCGCCUCUCCGGCUUUGUUUUGUUUCGUCUGUUGCUUUAUUUUGAUGCGACGAGCCGUGGACACCCCACCAUUCCCUUUGCGUGUGGAUCGUGGCUGGCAGAGUAAGGGGAACAAAGCGCAUCCAAGCUCUCCAGAAAACCACAAAAACGCGGAUUUUUGUCUGUAAGUACUCAGGAUAACCAUUCUGCAUCUUCCGCCUGCUGUUAGGCUACCUUCGUGUAGUAAAUCGGGUAAGAACGCGCUGUUAAAGAUGGAUACGCUUUUUCUUAGUCCGAUGGAAAGGCUUUUAAUUUAGGGUACACCCGAUCCUGCUGCUGGACAAAAAUGAUGGAAAGAUUUUGGAAAGAGCUGCUGGACACGCUGAUGAUGGUUUCCUGGGAGUAGAAGAGGCCUGUGUCGAUGCUCGACCACAAAAAAAUCUGCAGCACACACACAAACAUUUCAUCUCCCAAGGCGUCAAUCGCUACAUGACAAAAAUAAUCCAAUAAUUGUUAGAACAAACUGACAGAAACAACAGAGGCAGAAAGUAUGGAGCACACCGGGAUCGAGGAGGUGAACCAGACGCACCAGCAGCAGCAUGAGCCCAUCAGCUUCGGCAUCGACCAGAUCCUCAACAGCUCGGACCAGUCCAGCGGCUGCUUGCUGCCCAACCGGACCGGCGACCCGGAUUACGCGCUGGCCUCCAACGUCUACAGCAACGGCUACAACAGCGUCUACAACCCGGCCUGCUCCAUGGCGGCAGCGGCGGGUCUGGCGGGGUCCUACAAUGUCAACAUGAACAUGAACGUUAGUAUGAACAUGAACGUUAACGUGAACUCUGGAGGCGCAGGUGGAGUGAUCAGAGUGCCGGCGCACAGACCCAUGCCUCCUCCGCCCGCUGCUGCAGCGCCGCAUCCGCCCCCUGCGACGCAUCCGCCGGGCAUUGGACCCGGCAUCGCCUCGGUGCCCGGGAUGGGGAUGGGGAACGCAGCGAACUUCACCUUUCCUUGGAUGGAGAGCAGUAGGAGGUUUGCCAAGGACAGACUAACAGGUAACAAGAGUUUACUUGUCAUCCUGCUGCUCAUUUGGUCCUAUUUGUGUUUCUGUUAUAGGCCAGAGGAUCUGUGGCACUUAAACGCACAUCCAAACUCACUUAAAAACAGACCAAACACCUAGACAGAGAAAUAGUAUUACUGCACUUCCCCUGUCUUGCCUUAUUCUGACACUUCUCUUGAAAUUCAGGCCUCUCGUGUGUGCGCCAAAGUGGGCCUAAUAGCUCUUGAAGAGUGCAUCUGAUUUCAUCUUUAGGUUGUUAUACGUAUCCAAUCGUUCACGCACAAACACACGCAGAGUGAGUUUUAUGCUGCAGGAAGGGCAGUCUGAUAAACGAGGGCAGAAAUUGGCGCAGACAUGCUGAUGAAUCAGUAUUGGACCAUCACUCUCCAUUUACAGCGGAUGACGGAUAACGACGUUCCCUUUCUUUUCAUGAGGAUGAAUGAUUUUUUAUCUUGGAGCCAAUUGAGAAAACAGGAAGAUGAGUCAUAACAGUAAUAAAAUAUGGCAGCUUUAAAUGUAGCUUAACAGCAGGUAUCACUAACCUGUCAUUGUGUUAGUACAAAAUCACAACUAUGGAGGCGACACAUUCAAAUUAAUGUUCCAAUUACGCACAGACCUUAAAAUAAAUCUCAAACGACUCACACUUUUUGGUUUACUUUUAUGGAGCCCAGGAAGAGGCUUUUGACCUCACAGAUUCGCUUUUACAACUUUUUAUAUGAAUUUAAGUGCUGCGUGUAUUUCUCUGUUAAAAUGCAGAUUUGGAGAGAAAGCAGAAGAAAGAACACCUGUGCGUAAUUCUGUUUACUGCCAUAAUAGUGGAACAUGACAGGGAUUGAUUAGUUAUUUUUAACCCUAAAUAUGUGAAGAUUUUAUUUAUUUUGAUUCUUUAUCCAUGAGGAAAAUAUUCAAAAAGAUCCCAAUCUUUCAAACUCGAACUUUUUUAUUACAAUCAAAUGUUGCAUGAUCCAAAUAAUUAUUCCCGUCUGUUUAAUUUUAGGAAAACGUUCAGGUUAGGAUUAAAAUAUAUUUAUAUUAGUUUUAAGGUGAUUUUUUUCAGGUGUGUGUGGUCAUUAAAAAAGAGCAGUGGAAAUCUCCCUAAGGGUAAAAUGAGGCAAAAAAGAAAAAAAAAACUACAUGAAUAAAAAUUACCAAGUAUCAAUUUUCCACGUAAAAUUUUACCUUUAGUGUUUGGCUGUAACAAUCCCCCACUUUUGUAAUUUUAUUUUGUUAAUAAAACCCAAUUUUUGGAAAGGUAGAUCUACAUUUGCGCACAAAAACAGACAAUUUUAACGUAGAAGAACCUUUCCAGGUCAUCAAUUUACUCACACGUGUAAAAAUUCGCCGUGAUUUUUAAGAAAAUGGCGAAUUAAGGAUUGAUGACACGCAGACUAUCAACAUUUUCAAAAUAAAAGUAAAGAUAAUUGAUCACAACUUUGCCUCAGAGUUGUUGUUUAUUUAACGUGACUUUCCUCUGAUAGGACGUGGGGUGGUGGGGGUGUUCCCUCUGCUCUUUUCUCAUGACCUCAUCGUUAUGAAGCUGAAAAUGAAGAACCUCAUGGAUUGGCGCCACCUCCCUCCACGUCUCCACGCAUUAAAUAUUCACUCUUCGCUUUCUUUUACGCUGAUGAAUUAUUAAAUACUGGGGGACGAUAUGUCAGCUGCAAACAGAUCCAGUGUAAAUAGGCUUAUCAAUUCUCCUCAUAGUCACCGAGGGCCUCUCGUUUAAUUUCUCUUCUGCUUUGUGUCGCUGUAAUUAUUUCGCAGCUUAUAUCUUUCCACUGUAUUGAUCAGGCCAAGAUCAGCUACAGCAGCACACACUCUAACACACACACACACACACACUGUAACACACACACACAGUCACAUCCAGCCUGCUCUGUUUCCUAUAAAACGCCGUAAAUCAAAUGCACUAUCAUCUCCCUGAUGGACACAGGAGCUUUUUCAAUGUUCCUCUCUGUCUCGUGUUUUCCCCCCUCGCGCUCCACGGUGAAACCGGAGCAGAAAAAACGGCCUCGUGCAGCUUUAAACAGCUUAAACAUUUUUUUUUUGCUUCAAGCUUCAGCUUCAGCCGUGGGAGGUGAUGGUGAUUUUAUUUAUUUUGCAGGGAUGUAAACGAAACCUGCUCGGUUUUUUGUGCACAACACACUUCCGUCAUUAGUCAUCCUGGCAAGAGUCCUCGUGGCAUAAAUUUCACAUUAUAGAUCACGAGGAUUUAAUCAGACUGAUGAAGAGGAUUAAAGAUGUUAAAAAAGUCCACAGCAAGGAGGAGAGCUGUUUGUUUACUGGAGGGUUUUUAUUAUUAUUAUUACUAUUAUCAUUAUUAUUAUUAUUAUUAUCUCUCCAUUAACCACAUGGCUGUCAACUCAUUGGUUUAUGUCUUACAAAAAAAGGUAAAUUCUUGCUGAUUUAAUUGAUGUAACUUUAAGUCAAAAUAAAGCUUUACUACUUUACUACUAAAAAAAACAUUACUACUACUACUACUACUACUUCUACUACUCUUCCUCUUCUUCUUCUUAUUAUUAUUAUUCAUUAUUACUAUUGUUAUUAUUGUUAUUUUCAUUAUUGGUUAAUGUCUUUAAAAAAAGGAAAAGAAAAAGCUAAAUUCUUACCAAUAUAAUUGAUCAAACUUAUGGUCAAAAUAAAAUUUAGUUAAAGAUAUGUCAAGACAGAAUUUUCUAAAAACAUAAUUUAGAAAGAAGCAUUGAAUCAUCAUCAUCAUCAUCAUCAUUAUUAUUAUUAUUAUUAUUAUUAUCUCCCCAUGAACUACAUGGCUGUCAACUGAUUGGUUACUGUCUAAAAUAAAUAAAUAAAAAAAAAAAAAAAAAAAGAUAAAUUCUUGGCAAUUAAAUUGAUGUAACUUCAAAUCAAAAUAAAAUUUAUUUUAAGAUAUGACAAGACAGAAUUUUCUAAAAACAUAAUUUAGAAAGAAACACUAUUAUUAUUAUUAUUAUUAUUAUUAUAAUUAUUAUUAUUAUUAUUAAAUUAUCUACAUUGCUGUCAACUGAUUGGAUAAUGUCUAAAAAUGUUUUAAAAAUACUAGUAAAUACAAAGGUAAAUCCUUGCCAAUUUUGUUGUAUUGAUCUAACUUCGAGUCAAAAUAAAACUUAGUUUAAGAUGUGUUUCCAAAAAAUAAAAAACAAAAACGUCCCUGUUGUAUUUUUUUUUUUACUUAUUUCAAUCAAUUGAGUCCUCAUUUUUGGCCCAUAUGAUAAAACGCCUCUCUGCACUGCCAGCUAUGACUUCAUUGUACAGAGGUCACAAUACUGACAAAAGACUCUGUAACUGUUGUCAGAAACUUCAGACCCCAAAUCACUUCACACACUCAUGCUGUCGGUAAAAUAAGUCUGAGGAAAGGUGCUAGUACGUUAUUUGGGAAGCAUAUCUCACUCUCCCCCACUCCCACCGUCAUGAUAUUAAAGUAAGUAGUCAGCACUUUAAGUACAGGUCUGUUAAAAUGCUUUUACUGGAGUAGAUUCACAGACUGGUGGUUUUAUUUCUACUCAAAGUUAAAUAUAAUUAAGGUAACUGAAAUUUCCGUGGAGUAGGUUUGAAUAUUUUAGGAGCUAUUUAUUCCACCCCUGAAAACUAUUGUUUUUUAGUAGUAGUAGCAGUAGUAGUAGUAGUAGUAGUAGUAGUAGUAGUAGCCGUGGGGAGUAUAGGGAUUAAUAGGCCUUGAUAAUUGAUGGUCGUAUCGUUUCAUCAAUAGCGUUUUCCCCCAGUCUUUUAUUUUGAAAUAUUCAACCUAAAUAUGUUUAUUUCUAAACCCUGAUAUCUAAAACCUGCUCAAAGAAGCCAAGUGUUAUUAAAAGGCCACGGGAAUCUGUUAUUGUGAGGGUUCAUCAACAUUAGCGUGUCUGCUUUGUGCUUUUAUUUUGAAAUCUUCGAGCGACUUCAAGUUUAUUUCCUCAUUCUAAACAACUAAAAGGCUAAGACAGAUAAUAUUUAAAGGCCAUGAUAAUUGGUGGUUGUAAGAUGACAUUAAAAGCAACAUUUUUCUCAGGGCUUUUACUUUGAAAUUUUCACUUUAUUUAACAUUUUUCUUUAUUUUCAUGUUGUUUAUCAGCUGCGUAAUGUUUGGUGAUGGUCUCAUUGAUACACGACAUGGAGCUAAUAGAAACCUAUUUUUUUCUUCUUUUUUAAAAACUAUUUGAUAAAAUUGAUACAUACCCAUUAAUUAAAUACAUAUAUUUUUUUAAAGUGUUGGCCCAGGCACUAUAAGAAAACGCAAAACUACAAUUAGAAAAUAAAUUAAAUUCAUUAAAAUCAUUUGAGUAAUAGUAAUAAUAAUAAUAAUAAUAAUAAUAAUAAUAAUAAUAAUAAUAAUAAUAAUAAAUGUGUAUCGUUUGGUAACUCUCUCCUUCCGGUCACGUAGCACCAAUAAAACUCCUAAUUAAACUUUUGGGGUUUUUUUCUCUCAACAUCUCAAACGCCACGCUUUUAUUUCCGCUCUGCACGCGCUCCUGCUGUCCUCGUGGCUCCACGCUUCUCUCUCUCUCCCUCUCUCUCUGACAGGAGCCAGCGUAUCCCUGCGUUUUGUCCCGUAUAGUGUAAUAAAUAGCAAUAUAUGUUCAUGUUAUAUUUCAAUAUCCCCUUUAGAAUCCUUCACGGCUGUAUUUAUUAGAUUGCUGCAGAGGUAAUAUCCGCAGAGGGGAAGGGAGGCGCUGUCACACACAAGUGUUAUUAAGUAGAGCUGCUUUUAUUAUGGGAAACACAUCCUCCACGGUAGCAUUUUAUUUUUUCAUGUGCUUAUGCUAAAUUGUAUUACCCGGGCUGCACAUUUAGUACACUCGCUCAUUUUGUUUUUCAUUUGGAGGAGGGGGACAAAAAACAUUUCACUCUUUCUUUUGUUUUCCUUCUUCCUUUCUCUAUUUAUAAAACAGGAACCUGAUUUUCUCUCCAUUCUUGCACUGAUUUAGCAUCAUCUCUCCUCAGAGGUGUUAUAAUAAGCAGCUUCACUGUUAUCCACGCUGUUCAGGAUGAUAGAUCUUUGUUUAUCUCAGCAGGAUGAAAAGACUGAAAUCUUCUAACUAUAGUCGGCUACAUGUCUUGUUUGUGUUAAAUUCCCUCAUCAAUGCAAAACAGAUAUGAGUAUUCGUUGAAAUUUCAAGUACAAAUAAUAUGCAUUUUACACCUUUUAGAUCGGUGUCCCUUUACUUAAUAAACAUUAAAAAGGAUAGUUGUGGGAUAAAUUGCUUCUAAAGACAAUAUUGUCUUAACGUAAGGGAAUAAUCAACACAUUUGCAUGCUAAAAUGACAAUAAUUCAUGGAUAAUGGUUAUUUCCAUCCAUGUAAUUUCAUUAAAACUGAUGCAGCUGUGCAGGGAAAGUCUUUUAUUUUGAAAUUAGUAUGAAUUCCAGGCUUUAGAUUGAAAACAAACCUAAAGAUUUCAGUGUUUCUCAUCCAGUCAACAUAAUUAUAGUAAUGCAAUAAUCCUGCAGCAUAUCUGAUUCCUGAGACGCUGUAUAUUUACGUUCUGCGUCUUAAACGUGAAACCACUCUGCUGUGUGGAGUAUUUCUCAGCAUUCUGCUCACUCUCUCUGCAGUUGUCAGUGUCCAAACGCUCCUGCUGCGUGCUGUGUUCCUCUUGUGUUCCCUCUGAACGUGCUUGUAUGCGCCUGGUCCAUUAGUUAGCCCCGCAGAUGGCCUGAAAUAGCUGUCUAAUGCGGUAUUAGUUAGCCAGACCUGCUGCUGGGAGCAACAACAGGCCUGUUUGGCUCUCUGCGUGUAACCCGAAUAAGGCUGCAUCUAUUUUUUGGACUGUGAGAAACCGAGAAAGAGCGAAUAAUAAUGUUUGGAUCUAUAAACAUCAUAGAAAAGUCCAAUAAAAUGAGAUUAUGUUAGAGAUAGAGUCGCUUUAAUCUCACUUUUAAGGGUUACAGAGGUGCUGGUGUGUUAGAGAGGAAGCUUCACAGAAGUAUCACAAACAUCAGGGGGAUUUUGCUACCAUAAACUUGUGAUUAAAUACCAUAGAUGCCUGUCUGAGUCCCAUAAGGAAUAUUAGUGAGAUACAAUUACCAUUUAUGCUACUACUGAGCAUCAGAGCUACACAUAAUGUGAAACCUGAUAAUAAUAUUAAAGGCAUAUUACAGCAGAAGAUUAAAAAUAAUAAUGAGAGGAAGCAAAAGAAAACACUGUCACGAUGACUCCAGUUUAAAAGCACAAUAAAAGAGCGGUGGAUUUUCAUAAAUCUGCUUCGUUAAUUUACACUCAGGUAAUCUUAACUUUAUGUGACCUACAGUGAGGCACGCCGCCGCUCUUCAUCUCUAUUUUACAAACCAUCUGCUGGUGUACGCCUCAAUUUGCCACUCGUGUUCAGCACCAUCAGGGGACGUCUGCAGCUCCCUGGGAACGACUGCCGAGUGCAUAAUCGCUUCAUGUUCCAUUUUCCAUCCAAAUUGUCAUCGUCUGCGCUGCAAAUGAAUUUUCAGAAACUGUGCGAGCAGCAGCGGUGGCAGCACGUGGCCCCCUCCAGGGACACCUAUGCAGAUGUUUUCAUAUUCAUUUUGGCUUCUGGUGAGCUUUUCCCUGACAAAACAACAACAAAUAAACAUCCUGUAAGACAGGAGGCACAACAGCUUGUUGGGAGGAGUGGCACACGGAUUCAGAUCCUUGUUUUCCCUCUUUUUUUUUUCUCUCCUGGUUGUUGAUUUCCAUUCUCCCUCAAAAUGAGAAUGUGGACGGGGAGUGGAUCCAUGGCCAAAAACGAUCUCGUUACACUUAUUGAUCUUCUGUUUACCCAUGGCUGACAAAAUAGACAGGAUUCAUAGAUAUUUUAUGAUGCAGAGGAUAAGUUGUUAUUAAUACCCAGGCAGUAAGGAGCAGAUGAUAGGAACACACAUUUGCUCAUACACUCACAGUUGCAUAUAAACAUAUCUGAGAAGUACAAUAAGCAUCAUUUUACAUCAUCAAGGAGGUCUGUUAUGAAGAAAUGAUGACCCACGCUGUCAGUCGAUGGUGUUUCAAUGCUUUGUGUGUGUAAAAGUGACAUUUCUGUGUAUGUUCGUCAGGUUAAUUCAAGGACAAACUUCAAAUAAUGAGAAAAUGUCUGAUAUUGUAAUGGGAAAUACUCAAUUUAUACGUGAGAGAUGUUUCCAGCCAAAAGUAGAUGUUUGAAUAUUUUAAAAUUUGGUAAGUUUGAGUUCUGCAGAGAAAUAUACACUUGUAUGGGAAGCCUUUUGAGCCAAAAUUACACAAAAAUAUGCAUAUAUAUUUAAAUGCUGUUGUAAUGUUUGAUUAAACUUAGAAUAUUUUGUGCCAAACUGAGUAUUUUCAAAGGUUUUAAUGUGAAAGUAAACAUCAUAAUAGGUAUAAUACUGUAACUGCCGAUACUUAUGAUGGAUGUGGAAAAUACCUGUGACAAAAUUCAACACUUUUGAAAUGUUGAAGUCUGUAUGGAGGAAAUUUAGUGCUGAAAUUAAAUAUUGUCGAAUAACUUUGAUCUAAUCACUCUGCUGGAAAAAUGAAUGAAGUAUCUCUGCACGUCUUUAUGUUUGUAUUUUGUAAAUAAUAUAUCAGGCAGUAAGGUCAGGAUCUGCUUUUUUCUUGUGAGAACGUUUUUUAUGAAUUGGCGCCAUGAUAAAAAAAGAUUGAUCGUUCGCUUGUGCCAUUGCUUAGAGCGGGUUUAUGAUAUAAUCACGGUGAUAGAGUUCUGUUUUGACCCUCGCACUGACUGUGAUUGUCUGAUUUGUGGUCGGUAUGAGCUUCAUUCACCUUGUUCCUCAUCAGUCUAAAUGGCAGAUAUCUCAUUUUGAAGUAAACCUUUCCAAACGCUAACUUUAGUCUCUGGCAGUAAAUAAUGUUAAAGCAGACUCUGCUCAUCAUUCAGGGAUCCUUCAUGUGAUUAGCUGCUAUGCGUCGGCGCCUGCACAGCGCUGGCUGCUGCUGUGCUCCAGAUGUGGGACCUCAAUGUGUCUCCCUUUCCUUUAGGGGAGCAGGCAGAGGAGAGCCGAGCCGGAGAGGCCACAGGGGGGCCGGGGGUCGCCGGGUCCCUCUGCCCUCUCCCCAAGGGAGACAUCGGCAGGGUCCCUGUCUGGAGCACUGUGGAGACGUUAGCUAAAUGCUAUUACCCUGAGCUCGCUCACCUGCGAGACGGCAAUGGCCUUCUAGCAGACUAUCCUUUCCCAAAGGGGGCUUGCCCAGGUGAGUGACCCCCUACCCCUCAAAACAACCUCCCUGAAUGUUUUACAGAUGAUUGUUAUGUGCAAUAUUUCACAUGUUUUUGUGCCUGUUUGAAGAAAAUGUGAAAACGUCUAUCAAUGGCGUGUUGAAUUGGCAUUGCUCAGCUUUAGGAUGCAAACCAAGAGCCGUAUUUUUCCUUGAAUAGUUUCUGUAACUGGUCCUACGUAUUCUUGGACUUCCUUUCUGCAUGAAUCAGACCGCUGCUUGGUUCUCAAAAUCUGGCAGAGGAAUAUCAGUCAUAAUCACAUUUAUCUUCUUCAACUGGCAGCUUCUGGGCCUUCUCUUAGACUCCCCGAACACACUGGCCUUUUCCAGAGUUAAGACAAAAUGGAUAAUAAUUUUAUCUAGCCGAGGACUGGAAAACAAAAUUAUGUUUGCAACAUGAGCGAACAAACAAAAGCCCCAGGGAAAUAAGUUUAGACAGAUCGUAUAAAAAACUCACAAAAACCUGAAUAACUCACAGUAAUCUAGUUUCUGAUGUUAAAAACAGCUGUAGAACCAUCAAACUCGGUCUAAUAAACCCUUUUUUUUGUCUGCUUCUCCAGCUGCCCUCUCACCCUUCUCCGUGACCCGCCGUAUCGGACACCCUUACCAGAACCGGACGCCGCCCAAAAGGAAAAAGCCCCGCACCUCCUUCAGCCGGGUGCAGAUCUGCGAGCUGGAGAAACGUUUUCACCGGCAGAAGUACUUGGCGUCGGCCGAGCGCGCCACCUUGGCGAAAGCCCUGAAGAUGACGGACGCACAAGUCAAGACCUGGUUUCAGAACAGACGGACAAAAUGGCGGUAAGGCUGCAGCAGGGCGCUCCUUCACUUUGAGUGUUGUCUUGGGCGGUUUAAUGUGGUAUUAAAGUGGGGGAUAGUAAAGCUGAGGCGCCAUAACUCUCUCUUUUAGUGCCACGCUUUGCCUCCGUAGAGGCUGUGGUGAUUUAAGAAGCUUUUUAGGAAGAUUUUUACUCAGAGGACUCCUUUAAAAUUUAUCUCCUCGCUCCAUACGUUGACAGAAAUGAGAGUUUUUCCUACCCCGGCUUCGAUUGUUGGCCUGCAGCUGGAACAAUCUGAGACGCCGCACAAACACAACACCUAUUUUGCUUAGCUUAGCUGCCAAUCGAGGCCAGUUCACUUGACCAAGCACAAUUACUCGUGAGCGUCCUGAAAGGCCUUUUAGAAAGCUGCUGUCCAAAGCAAUACUGAAACACUCACAGGAGGAAUCCACUGCCAAGCCCAUAGACAGAGAGCACACACACACACACACACACACACACACACACACACACACACACACACACACACACACACACGUUCACUUCAUUCUAGCUGUUGUUUAUGGCCAUUUGGAAGUAAAUGAGAAGGAAAUCAAAUUAUGAAGCCCUGCCCAUACUUAAAGGGACAGGACGCAUAUUUCAAGAGCGCAUUACAAACAGCUAAUAACCUCUUAGGGUUUAAUGUUUUAAGACUUUAAGAAUGAUUUUUCAGUUUCAAGCACAAAGAAAAUGCUUAAUAACUUUAGUUUUUCAGAGUGAAUGAACAUUUCAUGUGUGUUUUUUAUCAUCUUAUUCUUUAUAAAAGAGGUAAAUGUCUUUGACAUUUCUCUGAGAGUUGUCUAAAAAUGCAAAUACGGGUCCGUAUUUGACUUUGGAUUCAGGAGCAGAUCCAGCAGAGAUGCAUUUCCUCCUCCAACGAGAUAAAGAUGUAUUCAUGUGAAAUAAACACCAGCAAACUGAAUCCAACGCCAUGUCACAAGCAGCGAGGGAAUCGGCGUAACCCGUUUUUCUGAUUUCCUAGUUUUGCUCAGAUUUAUGCCGUCUCCCUGUAGUGUGCACCUGAUAGGAUGAGCAUGAGGGAUGUCUUUGCGUGACGACUACGCUAGUAACAAGAGGAUGAUCAAAUCAACAGCCGGCGAAUCAGAUUAUGAUAAUGCUGUUAACAAUAAUGUGUGGCUAAUGGAUGGAGCUUGGUGUGUAUGAAAGAGUGUUUCAGAGGUGUGUUUCCGCCUGUGAGUUCCACCUGCUGUUUGUAUGUUGUUGACUUUGACAGUGUUGGUCCGUGAUGGUUUGUUUCAUCAGAAAUAAAAUUAUUAUAGAAAGGGGCUGGAAAAUAUCUUUGUGCCCUUUAAGGACUAUUUAGAGUAUUUCUUGGCUAAAAUGAUCUCAGGAACUCUUUGUAAACUUCAAUGAGGAUGAAUUGUAAACUGUGAAACUUAAAGCUCCAGUAGGUAACUUUUAGCUGGUUCUGAAACAGGCUGAAAUGAACAGUGAGGCUUCUCUAUGAGCUGCUAAAGUAGACAAGACCACAGAGAGUGAUUUUUCUAACUGUUAAAACACAGAGAGAGGAUAAGUCACGUCUGAAAAGAUUACUUCAAAAAUAAAGGACAAGAUCAGCAAAAAAUUAAAGCUAUUAUUUUGUCCACAAGGGGCGCCAAAACUCACACAAAGAGUUCAUAAACUAAAACAAACUUUGUUCAAAAACUUGGGUUUGCAUAUUUUCAUUAGCAGGCGACAGAUAUCAACUUAAAAAAGGUCUGAUGCCAGUACAGGUUAGCAGAUGUCUGAUAUAUAAUGUGGAUUUCAUGUUGUUGUUGUUUUUUUCUGCAUAUGACAAAACACAAAAAUGUAAUAAUACCAAAAUGAGAGAAACAAAAUGGCUGAACUUCAGUUAAUAUUUUAUUGAAUAAAAUUUGGGGGGACAAUUCUUGGCUCAAUUAAAUACUGAGGACUCUUUGAUUUUUGUCUCAUGGUUUAAAAUAAUAAAGAAAAAAAAAGUAAAUAUUUGGGUUAAAAUUUAACAGAAGGGUUUCAUGUCAAAAUUUACUAUUCAAAACUCAUUAGACUCUUGUAAUAACGGUUAUUUGUGUUAGUAACAGGCUGUUUUUAAUGAAUUAGAUAACGCUGAUAUUAACAACAAAAGCAACGUGAAACUGGGUUAUUCUAUACAUCUUAGCUUAAUUAAUAUUUAUCCUAACCAGUAAAUGUUUUAAGGUUUAAUUUGCUGUCAUUCAGGAUGGAUAAAUGUCUUUUCAUUUCCUGCUAAAUUUAGUAAAUUGUCUUUUUCUAUCAGUAAUCCCACAUUUGAAUUGAAUGUGCUCAUAUUCAAAUGUAUGUGAAAUAACAAAAAAUGUGAUGAAAAUAUAAAUUUCUGCUAUCUAAAUGACACAAAUAUAUGUUUGAUAACACAAACUUCACUACACUACAGCCUGAGCCAAACCAGCAUAAUCAUCAAAACCACACCUCAGUCAUGCAAACAACCAAAUAAAAGCUUUAAAUAACCAUAACCCUACAUCGGGAAUCUGAGUACGUUUUUAAUUAAUCAGACAAUUUCCGUUUGACCAUGACAGUAAGAGGGAUACAGAUAUAUGUAAGUAUUUAAGGCUCAUCAAGGGCCCCCCUGCUCGGGGAAAGACACAGCUGUGGUACGUGAUAAGUAUUUUUGAAAAAUAACCUUUAAAAUGCGCAGGUUUAAAUGGCUCAUCCCAAGUUUACUUAUAUGUUUAGGUGAUUUUACAUCCGUUUAAACAUAUUUUAUGAAUAUUAUUAUUGUCCUCCGUAAUGAUGCCUACUACGGACUGUUCCUUAAAGAAGGUUAUUUCUACAAGAAUAAAAACCAUAAUUAAAACAGAAAUGUAUUCAAACAAAAUUGGUUACUCCUAUAGAAAUAUUAAAAAUAUUUAAUUUGCUGAGUCUAAUGCAUUUUGGAAUAAACCGUGAGGAACUUUGAGUUUCUGUUGAUUUUGGCGCCCCCUGUGGACAAAUCAAUCUUUCUGUAUUUCAUCUUCUACAUGCUUCAUUAAUGUCUUUGUACAAAAACUCUUCAGGCUGACUUUUGUCCAUUCAAGCUUAAAUUUAGUGUGAAUAUUUAAAAUUAGGUCAAAUUAAAGCUGCUUCUUAACCCGCUCAGCCGACACCUCCCAUUUAGGCAAAAAAAAAAAUCAGGGUAUAAAACUUGUGAAUUUUGCUGCUGAUGGUCUUGUUUGCUUUCGUGUAUCAUAAAAAGAAUCCCUAUGAAUUUUGGUUUAUUUCUCAGACAUUUAAGAAAACUCCCUACUGGAGCUUUAAUGCGUGCCACUCUUUAAGAGGAAAAUGGCUGAUGUCAAAUCUCGCCUUGAGGCGCAGGGUGUACCUGUUAUAUCUUCCCCUCCCUGUGUUUGGUUCCACUCGUCCUGAUCAGCCGUCAUGAAGCUUGAAGAACAAGCUCAGGAGUUGAAUAGGUGUGAAAGCAGUGAAUUAACAACAAGACAAUAAAUCUUCUUCCUUUUUUCUGACAGGGUUUCAUAAAAGAAAAUCAUUUCCUUUGUUUUCAAUCGUUUUAAAAGCUUGUUUUAUCAUGUUAAUGUGGCACGGUGAGGAGGAGACCCCGUCUAGUAUCAUUUAAAAGCUUUUAAGUUUGUUCUCAUCCAAACAAAGCUGUUCUAGGUUAUGACCCGUUUAAGAGAGAAAAUGGUGAUAUCUUCCUUCUUUAGAGACUUAAGAAAGGAAAACAUAAAGUAAACAAAACCUUUAACAUCUACAGAAAAAACUAAGAUAUUCCUAUAAUUAUGUGCAUCAGGAAUAUUGUUUUCUUACUACCCUUAAAAUGACCCUAUAAAAGCACUGUUUGAAUAUAAACUAUCCUGUCUGGAACUAAGAUUGUAUUUUUAUGCUGUGGUACACAACAUGAGUCAAUCUUGUGCACAUAAAAUCCUCUAUAAAACAAACAUAUAGGUUUUUUUAUCCCCCCCUCUGUCCCCCUUUUGUCUCCUCCGUCCACCCAGGAGACAGACUGCAGAGGAGAGGGAGGCCGAGAGGCAGCAGGCCAACCGGCUGAUGCUGCAGCUUCAGCAGGAAGCUUUCCAGAAGACGUUGAGCCAGCCGCUGCAGCCGGACCCGCUCUGCCUGCACAACUCCUCCCUGUACGCCCUGCAGAACCUGCAGCCCUGGGCGGACGACAAUAAGGUGACCUCCGUCACCUCCGUGGCAUCUGUAGUUUGAGCGUGUGUGUACAUGAGUGUGUGUGUAGAUGAGACGAGAGACAGAGGGGGGAGUUUUUAUCAAAGUGUGGAUGGACAGCAGGGAGGCAGAUUUCUGUCGUGUCUGACGUUCAAAAACGCAGCACCAUUAUGGGAUGGUCAUAGGUACAGAAUAAUGGAUGGACUUUGUGCUCCCUCACUCAUUGAUCCUUUCCAGCAACAUGGUGGGGUAACUGCCGAGACCUACACAACACUGUGUGCGGACUUCCCAGCUCAGGAGCCGCACUGACAUUUCUGUUUGUCAAAUUUAGACGAGUCCACCACUGUUAUCUUGAAUAUCUGAAGUAUGUUGAGUCAUUUUCCUGCCUCACACCACGUUUCCGCUUUCCCUUCAGCUGUCGGUCUAAAAGAGAGGAGGGCACUUUAUCCAUAAGUGCCGGGAAACAAACGGACACCUCUGUACAUGCCCAACUAUCAAGACUGUGCCCCCCCCUCUUUGUGCCUCUGGAUCCCCCACGAGGCUGCAGAGACUCUCUGCCGACAAUGGCAAAAAAAGACCUCCUGUUUUUCGCUUUUGACUUUGUACAAUGUAGUAAAAUGCAUGUUUCAACCCUUUUCUGUGUGCACUCGGACGUACCAUUGAAGUCAGCUGCCAUGGAGGUGGACUGCAGUGUUCAAGUGGUAGAGGAUUGGUGGAUCUCCUGAUGAUGAAUUCCUCUUAAUUAUGUUCAAUUUAAAGGUGUUUUAUAUUAAAUGAUAUUGUGACUUUUUGAAAAGAUGACAAA